UGCGCGGGGUGCGACGGAAGAGCUUUCCAGUUCUGCUUCCGGGCCCCACCCACGGCCCGCUCAGCGGGCCUAGGGAAGUCCCGCCUUUGAACGCCUGCCGCGGCAAGAUGGCGGUGGCGGCGGAAAGAUUUCUGACGAUCAGACCUGUCUACAAGCAGCUGGCAAGGCUGCCUUUCUAUGCUAAAACUGAGGAGCUAAUUGGCACCAUGAAAGUCUUCUGUGGGCGGGCCAACCCAACCACGGGAUCUGUGGAGUGGCUGGAGGAGGAUGAGCAUUAUGAUUACCACCAGGAGAUCGCAAGGUCAUCCUAUGCUGAUAUGCUGCAUGACAAAGACAGGAAUAUGAAAUAUUACCAAGGUAUCCGGGCUGCUGUGAGCAGGGUGAAGGACAAAGGACAGACGGCCUUGGUUCUUGACAUUGGCACUGGCACAGGACUCUUGUCAAUGAUGGCUGUCACGGCUGGUGCUGACUUCUGCUAUGCCAUUGAGGUUUUCAAACCUAUGGCUGAUGCUGCUGUAAAGAUUGUGGAGAAAAAUGGCUUCAGUGAUAAGAUUAAGAUUAUCAACAAGCAUUCCACUGAGGUGACCAUAGGGCCAGAUGGUGACAUGCCAUGCCGUGCCAACAUCCUGAUCACGGAGCUGUUUGACACGGAACUGAUUGGGGAGGGAGCACUGCCCUCCUAUGAACACGCACACAGGCAUCUCGUGCAGAAAAAUUGUGAGGCAGUGCCUCACAGAGCAACCGUCUAUGCACAGCUGGUGGAGUCCAGGAGGAUGUGGUCAUGGAACAAGCUGUUUCCCAUCCGUGUUCAGACCAGCCUUGGAGAGCAAGUCAUUGUCCCCCCCUUGGAACUGGAGAGGUGUCCUGGCGCGCCCUCUGUCUAUGACAUUCAGCUGAACCAGGUGUCUCCCACUGACUUCACUGUCCUCAGCAACGUGCUGCCUAUGUUCAGUGUGGACUUCAGCAAGCAAGUCAGUAGCUCAGCAGCCUCCCAUAGCAGGCAGUUUGAACCUCUGGCAUCUGGCCAAGCUCAGGUGGUUCUCUCCUGGUGGGAUAUUGAAAUGGACCCUGAGGGGAAGAUCAAGUGCACCACGGCCCCCUUCUGGGCACACUCGGAUCCAGAGGAACUCCAGUGGCGGGACCACUGGAUGCAGUGUGUGUACUUCCUGCCAGAAGAGGAGCCUGUUGUCCAGGGCUCAGCCCUCUGCCUGGUAGCCCACCAUGACGACUACUGUGUGUGGUACAGCCUCCAGAGGACCAGCCCCGAAAAGGAUGGGAGAGCCCACCCAGCACGCCCUGUGUGUGACUGCCAGGCUCACCUGCUCUGGAACCGGCCUCGGUUUGGAGAGAUCAAUGAUCAGAACAGAACUGAUCAAUACGUCCAGGCCCUGAGGACGGUGCUUAAGCCGGACAGUGUCUGCCUGUGCAUCAGUGAUGGCAGUCUGCUCUCCAUACUGGCCCAUCACCUUGGGGCAGAGCAGGUAUUUACGAUAGAGAAUUCAGCAGCUUCUCAUAGACUGAUGAAAAAAAUCUUCAAGACUAACCACUUGGAAGAUAAAAUUAAUAUAAUAGAGAAACGGCCUGAAUUAUUAACACCUGCAGACUUGGAGGGUAAAAAGGUUUCUCUCCUCCUGGGUGAGCCGUUCUUCACCACCAGCCUGCUUCCGUGGCACAACCUGUACUUCUGGUAUGUACGGACUGCUGUGGACAGGCACCUGGCGCCUGGCGCUGUGGUGAUGCCCCAGGCUGCCUCGCUGCACAUGAUGGUCGUGGAGUUCAGGGACCUGUGGAGGAUCCGGAGCCCCUGUGGUGACUGUGAAGGCUUCAAUGUGCACAUCAUGGAUGAUAUGAUUAAGCACGCCCUCGACUUCAGGGAGAGCAAGGAGGCCGAGCCCCACCCACUGUGGGAGUACCCGUGCCGCAGCCGCUCCGAGCCCCAGCAGAUCCUGACCUUUGAUUUUCGGCAGCCGGUCCCCCUGCAGCCUGUCUGUGCUGAGGGUGCCAUCGAGCUGAAGAGGCCUGGGAGGAGCCACGGAGCCGUCCUGUGGAUGGAAUACCACCUGACCCCGGACAGCACGGUCAGCACCGGCCUCCUGAAGCCUGCGGAGGACAAGGGGUACUGUUGCUGGAACCCCCACUGCAAGCAGGCUGUGUACUUCUUCAACACCACACUAGACCCCAGAGUGCCACCAGGUGGCCCCCAGACCAUCACCUACACCGUGGAGUUCCACCCCCACACUGGAGAUGUCACUGUGGAUUUCACGCUCUCAGAUGCCCUGGACUGUGGGUGCUGACCCUCACUUGUUGAGAAAUAAAGUGGCUGAGGGUGCCAGGCUCUGAA